AAUGGUGGAAUAUUUGAUGGGAUCAAAUGCAUCUGUGAUGAGAAUUUAUACUAUGGACCCAAGUGUGAGUUCCCCUUGGAUGAAAUUCCAGUCAUUCAGUUAUCUGUGACCGUUACUGUCGAUGCUCAGGUGAGGGUCACUAACAAAGAGUACAACAAAUCUCUGGAAGACUUAAACUCUAACUAUUAUCGGGAAAUUCAGACUCAGUUUAAAAAGCAGAUGAAAGAUGUUUAUGGUGCCGUCCCUGGAUACAAAGAUGUGGAGAUCUUACGAAUGAAGAACGGCAGUAUUAUUGUGGAACAUAAAGUCAUCUCCCAAGUACUAACAGAGAAUAAUCUGGAACUGAUUCAGCGUAUAAUAAAAAUUAUUAUAGAGGCAGUAGAACACUCCCUGAAAGACUUACACACUGAAGGAAAGUGUAUUGAUCCUUCAGGACCAGAACUGUGCUUUGUUCCUUUACCCAACUCGGCUCUUAUUCCAAGUUUUUCAUUAAAUGACACCUGUAAAAACGUAAGUGAUACAAAGUAUGCAGACUACUAUUAUCCCUACAUAAGGAAUGGUACUGUGCGCUGUAUCACGAGAUGUUCCAGUGGCACUCCAGAUUCCAUGAACUGCUUCAAUGGUGUUUGCCGCCUCUCUGAAAUAGGCCCCCACUGCAUUUGCAAUAAUUUGGACGUGUUCUGGUAUCUGGAUAGUUACUGUCGAUUACCCAUCCAAAAGACUGUGUUGGGCCUUAGUCUUGCCCUGGCUGUGUUCUUUGUGUUAAGUAUCAUCCUUGUUAUUUGCCUCAUCAAAGCAAAGCGGAAAAAUUCCAGGAAUAGAAGGUCUGAUGGUGCUAACUGUGAUAAAAUAGGCCAAAGGAAUCCCAUAUUUCAAGAAUAGAGGCUAGUGGAACUGCACUUGAACAUAACCAAUGAGGACGAGCUGACAUGAAGUAUACGGAAUGAUUGCUAAAAAAUGAUUAACAAGACUUUCUAUCUGAGAACAAAGAGGUUGAUGAUAAAUGCCUUCAUACAUGUUGGACUUUGGAUGAAGUGCAAUUAAUC